GUUCCCUUCGCAAGUGGGGGCGCGAUCUGGCUCGGCCAAAGCAGCAACCGUAGGACCCUUCGCGCCCGCUGCCUCGUUCUGCGCCCAGCCAGGCGUCCCAAAGCGGGACAGGACACAGGAGCCGCUUGGCCCCACUCUUGGGGAUCCCCGCGUUUCCUCCAACCCUUCUGGACAAAAGGACGAGUUCUUCAUCUCUCGGUUGGGAGCCAGGAGCUCGUCUCCAGCCACCGUUCUCCUUCCUCUCGCCUUGCGCAUCCGAGGAUCUCCCUGCGCCCAUGGCAGCGCGCAAGAGUUGGCCCAGCUGACUGCAGGCUUUGCAAGCGCCUCUUGAAGACGUUUCACUGCACAUCCAAGAAGCUUCUUCAGCUCUUCGAGAAGCAAAACGUCUUCAAAGAAAAACCCCAGAAAGUCCUGUCAUGCUGUUAUUUUUGUUAAUAGAAAAACAAAAACGGAAACCCAGCUUCAGCAAGGAUUUGAGAAAAGGAGAAGGAGGAGUCUUUUGUAUGCCUGUUGUUGGGCAAUGGUGGCAGGAAGAUGUUGGCCAGGAAAAGCAUUAUCCCAGAAGAAUACGUUCUUGCCCGCAUUGCGGCUGAGAAUUUGGGCAAGCCCCGCAUUCGAGACCACCAACGCAAAGCCCGCUUCAUUGCCAAAAACGGCGCUUGCAACCUGGCCCACAAGAACAUCCGUGAGCAGGGACGCUUCCUGCAAGACAUCUUCACCACUUUGGUGGACCUGAAAUGGCGCCACACUUUGGUGAUCUUCACCAUGUCCUUCCUCUGCAGCUGGUUGUUCUUCGCCAUGAUGUGGUGGCUGGUGGCUUUCGCCCAUGGGGACAUGGACAAGCCUUGCAGCACUGAAGAUUUCGACAAAUGGAAACCAUGCAUCACCUGCGUCAGGUCCUUCAUCUCUGCUUUCCUCUUCUCCAUUGAGGUCCAGGUGACCAUUGGUUUCGGUGGAAGGAUGAUGACCGAGGAAUGUCCCAUAGCCAUCAGUGUUUUGAUCCUCCAAAACAUUGUGGGCUUGAUCAUCAAUGCAGUCAUGUUGGGUUGCAUCUUCAUGAAAACCGCCCAAGCCCAUCGGAGAGCAGAAACGUUGAUCUUCAGCCGGAACGCGGUCAUCACUGUCCGUAACGGCCACCUGUGUUUCAUGUUCCGGGUAGGGGACCUGAGGAAAAGCAUGAUCAUUAGUGCCUCGGUACGAAUCCAGGUUGUCAGGAAGACCACCACUCCAGAAGGAGAAGUCAUCCCGAUCCACCAGCUCGACGUCCCGGUAGACAAUCCUCUUGAAAGCAACAAUAUUUUCCUGGUGGCUCCGUUGAUCAUUUGUCAUGUCAUUGAUAAGCGGAGUCCUCUUUAUGACAUCUCCGCCAAUGACCUGGCCAACCAAGACCUAGAAAUCAUUAUCAUACUUGAAGGUGUGGUGGAAACCACUGGAAUCACCACCCAAGCCAGAACGUCCUACAUAUCAGAAGAGAUCCUCUGGGGCCAUCGCUUUGUGCCCAUUGUCACGGAAGAAGAAGGGACUUACGCUGUCGACUACUCCAAGUUUGGCAACACCAGCAAAGUCGCGGCACCCCGCUGCAGUGCCAAAGAGCUGGAUGAGAAGCCCUCCAUUCUCAUCCAGACCCUCCAGAAAAGUGAGCUGUCCCACCAAAACUCUUUGAGGAAACGUAACUCCAUGCGAAGGAAUAACUCCAUUCGGAGGAAUAAUUCAAUCAGGAGGAAUAACUCUUCCUUCAUUGUGCCUAAAGUCCAGUUCAUCACACCUGAGGGCAACCAGAACGCCAUGGAAACAUGACAGAGCCAAGCAGUCAUAUGCAGCGGUCCUGCAAAAACAGGGCUUUACCUUUGUUAUAAUAUUAGUAUUAAUUUGAUACAAACAUUUAAUGGAUAUUAAGGGUUAUUUAUUACAGGCAGACACCACAUCAAACCAGAGAUAGGUUGUAGUUGAGCCCAGGGGCGGGUUUCAAAAACCCGUUGCUACCAGUUCGCUCGUGGGCACAUGUGCGCUCGCGUGCACACAAAGCUUCUGCGCAUGUGCAGAAGCUUCUGCACAUAUGCAGAAGCAUCUGGGUGGGAGGGCGGAGCCUCCCACCACCACUACUGGUUUGCCCGAUCCGGAGCAAACCGGUAGCAACCCACCACUUGUUGAGUCCAUUAUCAAUAUGUAGACCAAAGUUUGCUUGAUUUGAGAUUGAGAUGCUAUAGCUACUCCUCAACUUACAACCACAACUGAGGCCAAUAUUUCUGUUUUUACGCAAGACCGUUAUUAAAUGCAUUUCGCCCCAUUUUAUGAUCUUUCUCGCCACAGUUGGUAAGUGAAUCACCGUAGUUGUUAAGUGAAUUAGGCAGCAGUCAUUAAGUGAAUCUGGCUUUCCCCAUUGACUUUGCUCGUUGGAAGCCAACUGAGAUGUGGUGACUCUGGGACAGUGCAACUAUCAUAAAUACAUCUCAGUUGCCAAACACCUGAAUUUUGAUCAUGUGAUUGUGGGGAUGCUGUGAUGGUCAUAAGUGUGAAAAAUGGUCACUGAAUGAAUAUGUCAAGCUCGAAGUGCACUUUUUCUGUUACAACCAUUAUCACUUCUCAACUUGGCAAAGGACUAGAGGAGUGGGGGAGAAGGGUGAGAUGGAAUACAGGUUCCAGACUUCAAGAAAAAUAGCUGUGAGAGCCAAGGACACAUCUGCAGGUGUUAGCCAAGACUGGAGACUCUUUCUCAUAACAAAACAAUGACACUCAAUUGGAUAACGUGACCUACACUAAUAAGGGGCAGGGAGAAUUCUAGAUUGUAACUAUGUCGGUUUGCAUGGGAAUUAGGUAGAGCUGGUUUUGCCUUCAAUAGUACCAAAAUGAUGCACUCAAUAAAGUUUUGCAUUAAGAAAUUGGCAGGUCUCGAGUGUCCUUGGUUUAGUUGGGUUCGUUAGUCGGGACAUUGUCCUUGGUUUAGUUGGGUUCGUUAGUUGGGACAUUGACAGAAUGCUUGUAAGUUGAAAACUGUCUGUAAUUUGUUUUCCAUACUUUUGGAAAAACAAUAGACAGCAAAUUACCUCUUUUGUUUACAUGAAGGUUGGGCUGAUUGUCAUUUGAAUUUAUUUUUCAUGCUCUCUUUAUCUACUGUUUAAUUCAAAGCUGUUUUAUCUCUUAGGGAAUGUUUGUUAGGGAAAUAUGUGCAUAUAUCUGUUGUGACCCAAGCCCAAGUAGGUAGUAGGAAACUCAGAGUAA